AUGACCCAGUUCUUCGUCCAAUUACCAGCAGGAGACACCGUAACUCUGGACCUCGAUCUCGACAAUACCACGGUCGCAGCAGUCAAAGCGACAGUCGAUGCCCAUCUUGAGUCCAUCUGGCGGGCCAGUGGAGUUCGUAUCCUGCGGAGUGACCUUCCGUUCUGUGGCAUCAGAUUGAGGUAUCGGACCAAACUUUUAGCGAUGGAUGCAGUACUCUCCAGCUGCAAAGUUGGGGAAGGAUCGACGCUCUAUGCGCAAUGGCCUCAGAAUAGCGAGAAGGACGAGAGGAGGAAGCGGUAUGGAAAUGGUUGGAACAACGAGCCUGGAUUGGAGAGGAGGAUAAGAGAGGAGAGGGGGCUAAAACGAGCGGAGAGGGAAGGAAAGAGCGCGGAGAAGAAGGCCUUGCGUGGGGCGGCUAAGAAGAGGACAUCGAAGGCAGUGGAGGACACCACUCAGUCUGCACCGGAAAUUGGCGGGGAUGACCAAGUUUUAAGUGGGUGCGUGUCAAACGACCGGCCAGGCAAAGAGGUCGAGGUCGAAGCGGAAGGAGACUGCGCAGACGCAGCUGGAGUAGGCCAACAGGACUUGAGCGAAGAAAGUGCGGAUGAAGAACUAAACGAGCAACAAGCGGAGGAGGGAGGGCAAGAUGAGAGACCAACGGGACAAGUUGAACAGGAUGAUCCGUUUGCAGAUGAGGACAGUGACAAGGAAAACCGAGAGCCAGAAUUUGCGCCUGUUGUGCAAGAUCGAGUGGAUGACUAUCCGGCAGAGGAGUGGUCGGUUUUCGAUGAGGGUAAUAGCGGCUUGGGGAUGGACUUGCUGGAGGAAGUCCUUGAGUUUUGA